UCGCGUGAGAGUUCUUAGCGUUCUCUCUCUCUCCCCCUCCAUCUCUCUCUACAAAAUUAACAGCAAAAAACCACCGAAAAAGAACGCACAAACUUUCAAAAAAAGAAAAAAACGAAAAACGAAUUUAAUUUGGAGCGCCAAAAAAGAAAAAAACCGAGAGAAUUUUCAUUUAUUUAGCAAACUGAAUUCAACCUUGAAACCCUAGGAUAUUUUUUUUUUGUGUUUUUUCUUUUGUUCGGAUCGCCAUGGAUAUCCGGUUCCCUUUCUCGCCGGCGGAGGUAGCCAAAGUCCGUACAGUCCAGUUCGGCAUCCUCAGCCCGGACGAGAUCAGGCAAAUGUCGGUUGUACAGAUUGAGCACGGUGAGACGAUAAUGGGGGGCAAGCCGAAGCCGCCGGCGGGUCUGAGCGACCCUCGGCUUGGUACCAUUGACAGGAAGAUGAAGUGCGAAACUUGCACUGCUAACAUGGCCGAGUGUCCCGGGCAUUUUGGGCAUCUUGAGCUUGCCAAGCCCAUGUUCCACAUUGGGUUUAUGAAGACUGUUCUCACCAUUAUGCGUUGCGUUUGCUUCAAUUGCUCCAAAAUAAUGGUCGACGAGGAUGACCACAAGUUUAAGCAAGCUCUGAAAAUAAAGAACCCAAAAAAUAAGCUUAAAAAGAUUUUGGAUGCGUGCAAGAACAAAUCGAAGUGUGAAGGUGGUGAUGAUAUUAACGUCCAAGGGCAAGAAUCUGAAGAACCCGUGAAAAAGAGUCGGGGUGGCUGUGGUGCCCAGCAGCCAAAGCUGUCUAUAGAUGGAAUGAAAAUGGUUGCCGAGUACAAAUCGCAGAGGAAGAAAAUUGAUGAGCAGGAACAGCUUCCUGAACCUGUGGAGAGAAAGCAGACUCUUACUGCAGAAAGAGUUCUGAGUGUUUUGAAGAGAAUAAGUGACGAGGAUUGUCAGCUUUUGGGCUUGAAUCCAAAGUAUGCUCGUCCAGAUUGGAUGAUUCUGCAAGUUCUUCCAAUCCCUCCACCUCCAGUUAGACCUUCUGUGAUGAUGGACACAUCCUCCAGGAGUGAGGAUGAUUUGACUCAUCAAUUGGCCAUGAUUAUAAGGCACAAUGAAAAUCUAAGAAGACAGGAGAGGAAUGGUUCACCUGCCCAUAUCAUUUCAGAGUUCGCACAGCUGUUACAGUUCCAUAUAGCCACGUACUUUGACAAUGAGUUGCCUGGAUUGCCAAGGGCUACACAGAGAUCAGGGAGGCCAAUAAAAUCAAUAUGCAGUAGGCUUAAAGCGAAGGAAGGUCGGAUUAGAGGGAACUUGAUGGGAAAACGUGUGGAUUUUUCUGCACGUACAGUUAUCACCCCUGAUCCAACCAUUAACAUUGAUGAAUUAGGAGUGCCCUGGAGUAUUGCUUUAAAUCUUACAUAUCCAGAGACUGUGACGCCAUAUAACAUUGAAAGGUUGAAGGAGCUUGUUGAGUAUGGGCCCCAUCCCCCACCUGGUAAAACUGGUGCAAAGUACAUCAUAAGAGAUGAUGGACAAAGGCUCGAUCUUCGUUACUUGAAGAAAAGUAGUGAUCAUCAUUUGGAGCUCGGAUAUAAGGUGGAGCGCCAUUUGAAUGAUGGUGAUUUUGUCUUGUUCAAUCGUCAACCCAGUCUCCAUAAAAUGUCUAUUAUGGGGCAUAGGAUCAAGAUCAUGCCAUAUUCAACUUUCCGGCUUAAUUUAUCCGUCACUUCGCCAUACAAUGCUGACUUUGAUGGUGAUGAAAUGAAUAUGCACGUUCCUCAAUCAUUUGAGACUAGGGCAGAAGUACUGGAGCUUAUGAUGGUGCCCAAAUGCAUUGUAUCCCCUCAGUCAAAUCGACCUGUGAUGGGAAUUGUCCAGGAUACACUCUUGGGUUGUCGUAAAAUCACGAAGAGAGAUACCUUCAUAGAGAAGGAUGUUUUCAUGAACAUCUUGAUGUGGUGGGAGGAUUUUGAUGGAAAAGUUCCUGCUCCUGCAAUUUUGAAGCCACGGCCUCUUUGGACUGGAAAACAAGUUUUUAAUCUUAUUAUUCCGAAACAGAUAAAUCUGAACAGAACUUCUGCCUGGCACGCUGAGUCGGAAAGUGGAUAUAUAACUCCAGGGGAUACAUUAGUUAGAAUAGAAAAGGGAGAGCUGCUUUCUGGAACUCUUUGCAAGAAGACCCUUGGGACAUCUUCAGGAAGUCUUAUACAUGUGAUAUGGGAAGAGGUUGGUCCAGAUGCAGCCCGCAAGUUUCUGGGUCAUACACAGUGGCUUGUCAACUAUUGGCUUUUGCAGAAUGGUUUUAGUAUUGGUAUCGGAGAUACAAUUGCCGAUGCAUCGACCAUGGAAAAAAUUAACGAGACCAUUUCAAGGGCAAAAAAUGACGUGAAAGAACUUAUCAGGAAAGCCCAAGCAAAAGAGCUAGAAGCUGAACCUGGGCGCACAAUGAUGGAGUCAUUUGAAAACAAAGUGAACCAGGUCUUGAAUAAGGCUCGUGAUGAUGCUGGAAGUAGUGCCCAAAAGAGUUUGUCUGAGAGCAACAAUCUUAAAGCUAUGGUUACUGCAGGAUCUAAAGGAAGUUUCAUUAACAUCUCACAGAUGACUGCUUGUGUGGGGCAGCAAAAUGUUGAGGGCAAGCGAAUUCCCUAUGGGUUUAUAGAUCGAACAUUGCCCCACUUCACCAAAGACGAUUAUGGGCCAGAAAGUCGUGGCUUUGUUGAGAACUCGUAUCUGCGAGGACUGACCCCACAAGAGUUCUUUUUUCAUGCUAUGGGUGGUAGAGAAGGUCUUAUAGAUACUGCCGUGAAAACUUCUGAGACUGGGUACAUCCAGCGGAGACUGGUGAAAGCUAUGGAGGAUAUUAUGGUCAAAUACGAUGGGACAGUCAGGAAUUCAUUGGGGGAUGUUAUUCAAUUUCUCUAUGGGGAAGAUGGAAUGGAUUCUGUUUGGAUAGAAUCUCAGAAACUGGAUUCUCUGAAAAUGAAAAAAACAGAAUUUGAGAGGGUUUUUAGGUAUGAGUUCGAUAAUGAAACUUGGAACCCAACCUACAUGUUACCUGAACACGUAGAGGAUCUCAAAACCAUUAGAGAGUUUCGCAAUGUGUUUGAUGCUGAAGUUCAGAAACUUGAAUCUGAUAGAUUACAACUGGGAACAGAGAUUGCUACCACCGGUGAUAAUUCUUGGCCAUUGCCUGUUAACCUGAAGAGGCUUAUUCAGAAUGCACAGAAGACCUUCAAGAUAGAUUUCCGAAGGACUUCUGAUAUGCACCCAAUGGAAAUUGUAGAAGCUAUUGAUAAGCUCCAGGAGAGGCUGAAGGUUGUUCCUGGUGAGGAUCCGUUGAGUGUCGAAGCUCAAAAGAAUGCUACAUUGUUUUUUAACAUUUUGCUCCGAAGUACUUUUGCUAGCAAAAGGGUGCUGGAGGAAUACAGGCUUACUCGAGAAGGAUUUGAAUGGGUUAUUGGAGAAAUAGAAUCUCGUUUCCUACAGUCACUUGUAGCCCCUGGUGAAAUGAUAGGUUGUGUUGCUGCACAGUCAAUUGGUGAGCCUGCUACUCAGAUGACUCUCAAUACCUUCCACUAUGCUGGUGUGAGUGCCAAGAAUGUUACUUUAGGUGUUCCCAGGUUGAGAGAAAUUAUAAAUGUAGCCAAGAGAAUCAAAACUCCAUCUCUCUCUGUCUUUUUGAAGCCUGAAGCAAGUAAAACCAAAGAGAGGGCCAAAACUGUUCAGUGUGCUUUGGAGUAUACCACUCUCCGGAGUGUAACGCAAGCUACAGAAGUUUGGUAUGAUCCAGACCCCAUGAGCACAAUCAUCGACGAGGAUGUUGACUUUGUCAGGUCUUACUAUGAAAUGCCGGAUGAAGAAAUUAACCCAGAUAAAAUCUCCCCUUGGCUGCUUCGCAUAGAAUUGAAUCGUGAAAUGAUGGUGGAUAAGAAGCUGAGCAUGGCUGAUAUUGCAGAGAAGAUCAACGUCGAAUUUGAUGAUGAUUUGACUUGUAUAUUCAACGAUGAUAAUGCUGAAAAACUGAUCCUUCGAAUCCGUAUCAUGAAUGAUGAAGCACCAAAAGGAGACUUAACUGAUGAAGCUGCUGAGGACGAUGUUUUCUUAAAGAAAAUUGAGAGUAAUAUGCUGACAGAAAUGUCUCUUCGUGGUAUCCCAGAUAUCAACAAGGUGUUUAUCAAACAUGGUAAAGUAAACAAGUUUGACGAGAAUGAUGGAUUUAAACCAGAGAAUGAGUGGAUGCUUGAUACAGAAGGUGUCAAUCUGUUGGCUGUUAUCUGCCAUGAAGAUGUUGAUGCAAAGAGAACGACAAGCAAUCACUUGAUUGAAGUUAUUGAAGUUCUUGGUAUUGAGGCAGUUCGUCGGUCACUCUUGGAUGAAUUGCGUGUUGUCAUAUCUUUUGAUGGGUCUUAUGUGAAUUACCGGCAUUUGGCUAUCCUUUGUGAUACGAUGACCUAUCGUGGACACUUGAUGGCCAUUACUCGUCAUGGUAUCAACAGGAAUGACACUGGGCCAAUGAUGCGAUGCUCUUUUGAAGAAACUGUGGACAUUCUUCUUGACGCUGCAGUGUAUGCUGAAACCGACUAUUUGAGGGGUGUUACAGAGAAUAUAAUGUUGGGUCAGCUUGCGCCAAUUGGUACAGGAGGUUGUGCCUUGUAUCUCAAUGAUGAGAUGUUGAAAAAUGCUAUUGAACUCCAGCUACCUAGUUAUAUGGAUGGUCUUGAUUUCGGCAUGACACCUUCCCGCUCUCCAGUCUCGGGAACUCCUUAUCAUGAAGGCAUGAUGUCUCCAGGUUAUCUGUUGAGCCCAAAUCUCCGUUUGUCUCCCAUAUCCGAUGCUCAAUUCUCUCCAUAUGUUGGAGGAAUGGCCUUCUCUCCUACUUCAUCCCCUGGUUACAGUCCAUCAUCUCCGGGCUACAGUCCUUCUUCCCCUGGAUACAGUCCAACCUCGCCUGGUUAUAGUCCUACUUCGCCUGGAUAUAGUCCAACAAGUCCUGGUUACAGUCCCACCUCUCCGACGUAUAGUCCCAGUUCUCCGGGCUAUUCUCCUACAAGUCCUGCCUAUUCUCCUACAAGUCCAUCUUAUUCACCCACAUCACCCAGCUAUAGUCCUACUUCUCCGAGUUACAGUCCAACCUCUCCAAGCUACAGCCCGACUUCACCAAGUUACAGUCCAACUUCUCCAAGCUAUAGUCCGACUUCACCAAGUUAUAGUCCGACUUCGCCAGCUUACAGCCCCACAUCCCCUGCGUAUAGCCCCACUUCCCCAGCAUACAGCCCGACCUCACCAUCUUACAGCCCCACAUCACCGUCCUAUAGCCCAACAUCACCUUCCUACAGCCCGACAUCGCCCUCCUACAGCCCAACAUCUCCAUCCUACAGUCCUACUUCACCAGCCUAUAGCCCCACUUCUCCUGGCUAUAGUCCAACCUCACCAAGUUACAGCCCAACCUCACCCAGCUAUAGCCCAACAUCUCCAAGUUACAAUCCUCAGUCGGCAAAAUACAGCCCCUCACUGGCGUACUCUCCAAGCAGCCCGAGGUUGUCACCAUCUAGCCCAUAUAGUCCUACAUCUCCGAAUUACAGCCCAACAUCACCAUCAUAUUCACCCACAUCUCCAUCGUAUUCUCCUUCAAGCCCCACAUACAGUCCCAGCAGUCCAUUUAACUCUGGUGUUAGCCCAGACUAUAGCUCGAGUUCUCCACAAUACAGCCCAAGUGCAGGGUACUCACCCAGCCAACCUGGCUACUCGCCAUCAUCGACGAGCCAAUACACUCCACAAACAAGCGAUAAAGAUGACAAGGAUGAUCGGAGCACUCGUUAGUCCAUCAUGAUCGCUAAGUGAUCUGAGAUUAUGCAAAAGCUUCAUGCGUGAAGUGGGCUUUGGAUCUGCGAAACUGCGUCCAAAUGCACGUAGAGACCUCAUCUUUCCGCGAGCUCUUUCACUUUGUAUUAUACUUGAAUAUGUAUCAUCAACCCGUUGCCAUCGGAACAAUUUCUGCUAGACUGAGUUUAAAAGACAUACUAAUUGAAUUCCUGCUUAUAAACGCAUCUUUUGUUUUGGGUCGCUACUGAAGUCAAAUGCUUCAAGUAUUCAAGGUCGGUAUAUAGCUUGUAUCCAGAGAGACCAGUUUAUUACAAAUAAUAGUCUUAAAGAUUACUUGCUUGCAAGUAAAUUACGAGCAUGUUCAAUAUGUAUUUCAGCAUUUUGAAUAGAUCUGUAACCGCCGUCUUGUCAUUCAAAAACUUCAUUGAUAAAUACUUUUCAAAUAUUUUAAUUUACAAAAUGACUUCG